UGUUCUGAUUAAAAUAUGCGUUAUACACAUAACUGGAUAUACUAGAAGUAUACAAGGGAGUAUUGCAGGGCAGUUUGGUGAUCUUUUGAUGGUAAUUUAUGUUCUGAACAAUUCAAACAGGUAGCAAUUAAGUAACUUCCAUGGUUUGUGAGAUGGAGACCGAUCAAAUUGAGGACAUGGAAAUUGAAGUCCUGUCUUCAAUGUGGCCUGAAGAUAUUGAACAUGAAGCAGGAAAGCAGUUUAAUGUAGAAAAGCCAAGAGGUGACCAAGAUAUGUUGGAGGAGGUUACAAUUGUAGAGGAGCCAAGUAUACUUGAUUUCCAGCAUCUUUUAGAGCUAACUAGUUAUACUGACAAAGGCUCGUCUCAGUUAGCAUACCUUGCAAAACACUGGGAAUAUAAGCAAGCAAAUGCUGUUCGUCUUCUUAGAGAAGAACUUGACAAUCUAAGCAGGCAAAGGCAAGAAUCUUGGCUUAAGAAAUUGGAGAUAUUGGAGGAACAUCGUUUUGAGGAGGAAAGAUAUGGACGUGAUAAACGCCCAGUUUCCAUACUGGAUGAUGUUUAUGAUAUAUGGCAAGAAGUUCCUUGUAGGAAAAAUGAUGUUGUGGUUCCAAGUAAAAGAGUUGAAAUUGAUGCUGAAUAUGACACUGUCGUAUACUGGAAACAGCUAGCCAUGCAUUUGGAGAAAAUGUUGGAAGCAAGCAUGCAGAGAGAGCAGCUACUUAAGGAAAAGUUGCAGGAAAGCAUAAAAAAUCUGGAAAAACAGUCCUCACCAGUCGAAGAGUUGUCGCAGAUUCUUAAAAGAGCAGAUAAUUUCUUACAUUUUGUACUUCAAAAUGCACCCGUUGUUUUUGGUCAUCAGGAUAAAGAGCUACGUUAUCGCUUUAUUUAUAACCAUUUUCCAAGUUUACAAGAGGAGGACAUUUUAGGAAAAACAGAUGUGGAAAUUUUUACUGGAUCUGGUGUUAAGGAGUCUCAGGAUUUUAAAAAAGAAGUGAUGGAAAAAGGCUUACCUGCUAAGAGGGAAAUCACAUUUGAGACAGAACUAUUUGGGUCAAAGACAUUUUUGAUAUACGUGGAACCUGUUUUUAGCAAGUCUGGGGAGACUAUUGGUAUAAAUUAUAUGGGCAUGGAUAUAACAGAUCAGGUAAGGAAAAGGGAAAAGAUGGCAAAGCUUCGGGAGGAGAUUGCGGUACAAAAGGCAAAGGAAACUGAACUGAAUAAAACGAUACACAUAACAGAGGAGACAAUGCGUGCAAAACAGAUGCUGGCAACCAUGUCUCACGAGAUAAGAUCCCCUCUAUCUGGGGUUGUUAGCAUGGCUGAGAUCCUGGCCACAACAAAACUUGACCAAGAGCAAAGACAAUUGUUAGAUGUCAUGCUAUCUUCAGGAGAUUUGGUCCUGCAACUUAUAAAUGAUAUCCUUGAUCUUUCAAAGGUUGAAUCAGGUGUUAUGAAGUUGGAAACUACAAAAUUCCGACCAAGAGAGGUGGUAAAGCAUGUUCUUCAGACAGCUGCAGCAUCAUUGCAAAAGAUUCUUACGUUGGAAGGAAAUGUGGCAGAUGAUGUUCCUAUUGAGGUUAUUGGAGAUGUGCUGAGAAUUCGACAAAUUCUCACCAACUUGAUCAGCAAUGCGAUCAAGUUUACACAUGAAGGGAAGGUAGGAGUAAAACUUUAUGUAGUACCGGAGCCCCCUUUCGCAAAAGAAGGAUCUCAGCAUGGAUCUGAUGGAUCAACUGAGCAAGCAGAGUUACCUGAAACAACAGUGUGGAUACGCUGUGAUGUAUAUGACACUGGAAUUGGAAUACCAGAAAAUGCUUUACCCACUCUUUUUAAAAAGUACAUGCAAGUCAGUGCUGAUCAUGCCCGAAAGUAUGGUGGGACAGGACUGGGCCUUGCAAUUUGUAAACAACUGGUUGAGCUAAUGGGCGGCCGUCUUACCGUGUCUAGCCGAGUGCAUUGUGGUUCUACAUUUACGUUUAUCCUACCUUACAAGGUUUCUUUAUCAUGUGAUCAUUGUGAUGACCAAGAUGAUCUCUCAGAUAUGGCUGAUCGUGGUGCUACAAAUGAUGAUGCAAGUGCUGGCUUUUUCCAAUUCCAGCCACACACUUUGGGUUCUUUAUUUUCUUCUAAUGGAUCUAGCAGAACCCAAAAAUUAAUACCACAAAAUAUUGGCUAUGCAAAUUCGCAGAAACUUAAUGGGUUCUCAGAUAAUUGUUAUUCAUUUCCCAUGAAUAAUGGUCGAACCAAGGAGGUGGAUUUAGUCGAGGAUGCUUGUUCUGUGGCUGAAGCCGUAGAGAUAUCAUCUGAGCCUGAAAGUUCAUUUAGUCACAGCCCAGACCCUGAUGAUGAAAGUGCAAUUUGCAGAGACAAGCAUCAUCAAAAUGAAGCAAACGCUCAGAACAAAGUUUCUACCAGAGAUGUGUCAAGUCUCUCACAGACAAGCAGAGAGGUGGAUGUGAAAAUGAAGAUAAGUGAGCCCCAGCUCCCAUCUAAGAGGCAGGAGAAAUCUGAUAUUGGUUCCCAGUCCACAUUAAACAGCAGUCGAGAAUUAUCAAAUUCUAUCUCAAAGCCUAGGAUCCUACUUGUGGAAGAUAAUAAGAUUAAUGUAAUGGUGACACAGUCAAUGAUGAAGCAGUUAGGCCACACAAUAGAUGUUGUGAACAAUGGCUUUGAAGCUGUCCGUGCCGUUCAAUGCUGUAGUUAUGAUCUCGUCCUGAUGGAUGUCUGCAUGCCAGUCAUGGAUGGCCUUCAAGCAACAAGAUUGAUUCGUUCCUUUGAAGAAACUGGUAAAUGGGAUGCAGCAACAAAGGCUGGGAUAGAGCAACGUUUGCCUUCUUCUGAUUCAUUGCAACCAGAUUAUAAACCUCCAACAAAGCGGAUUCCCAUAAUUGCGAUGACUGCAAAUGCAUUGUCAGAGAGUGCUGAUCAGUGUUUUGCAAAUGGUAUGGACUCAUUUGUUUCAAAACCCGUAACUUUCCAAAAACUAAAAGAGUGUCUUGAACAAUAUUUGCCAUGA